GCUGAACAUAGGAUGCGCGCCGUGACGCUCCUCAUGUGUUAACAGGGUAGGCUACUCAGGUUAGUAUGAGGCGCGAUGGCUUGGUGCGACCGUGGGGUUCAAAUGCUGCUUGCCACUGUGGGAGCUUUCACAGCUUUCAGUCUGAUGACCAUCGCCAUAGGAACUGACUACUGGCUUUAUUCACGGGCAUAUAUCUGUAACACCACCACCAAUUCCACUACGGACGAAACUAAGAAAACUAACGUCAAGGGCGAUCUUACGCACUCCGGCUUGUGGAGAAUCUGCUGUAUAGAAGGCAUCAAUAAAGGGUACUGUUACCGGAUCAACCAUUUCCCAGAUGACAAUGACUAUGACACAGACAGCUCAGAAUAUCUCCUACGCAUAGUGCGGGCCUCCAGUGUGUUUCCGAUCCUCAGCUCCAGCUUAUUGCUGCUGGGAGGGCUGUGUGUGGCAGUCGGUCGCAUCUACAGCAAGAGGAACAACAUCCUGCUCAGCGCUGGCAUCCUGUUUGUGGCUGCAGGGCUGAGUAACAUCAUCGGGAUCAUCGUCUACAUCUCCAGCAAUACAGGCGACCCGGGCGACAAGAAGGGCGAGGACAAGAAAAGUCAGUACAGUUACGGCUGGUCCUUCUACUUUGGUGCGCUGUCCUUCAUCGUGGCUGAGAUGGUGGCCGUGCUGGCCGUCAACAUCUACAUUGAGCACAACAAGGAGGUGCUGCGUCUGCACUCGCGCCACCACGCCCUGGUGCGCUCGGCCUCGUCCUCCUCGCCCUACUCGCGCAUCCCCAGCUUCCGCUACCGCCGGCGGGCGUCCCGCGAGAGCUCGCACUCCACCGAGGCCUCGUCGUCGCACGAGGCGUCGGUGGGUGGCGGCGGCGGCAGCGGGAGCGCGGGCGGCACAGCGCCGCUGGGCGACAUCUCCAUGUACACGCUGACGCGUGAGCACUCGCUCAAGGCCGGCACGGACAGCACGUACAGCCCCGAGCACGAUGCCGCAGGCUUCCUGCAGGUGCACAACUGUUUCCCCAACGACCUCAACGACACCAUCAACAGGCGGACCACGCCUGUGUGAGGAGGAGGAGGAGGCGUCACGAAAGCCAGGCCCUCUCAAAGAACUGGAAUGGACGGGUCCUGAUCUGGGAUGGACCUCUCAAAAACCAAGGCCAAAUAACCAGCUGUCAGAAGUACCAUGUCAAUACUGUCCUGGUCGCAUCCCAGUCCAUGUUAUACAGACUGGGUCUGUCGGACAGCCCAUGCCUAUAUGACAUGGAUCUGGAAGUUCCACUCUGUAGGAGUUUUUUAUGGGGUUUUAUUUCCAUAAGCUGCUCCUAGAUUGUGGCACCAUCACCUCAUCUGAGGAACCAGGUGUCUUAGAGACUGAGUGCCUAUAUGAAAUCAGCCAAAAAGGCUUUUCUUCAUUUGAGCUGGUCUUAUUGUAGUCCCGUCAGCUAGGUAUGUAGAAUUAACAACCCUGCAUACGUUGAACCCAGCUUGAAUAAGCCAGACCCAGCAAGACUAUUUCCACAUGAGCCGAGGUCCUGAAGCUCUCCAUGAAGGAUUAGUGGACAGAUCUACAGACUGUCUCAUUAUGAAAUGCAUAUGGAAGUGCCACAUUUUUUUUUUAUAAUUUUAACUAGUAAAAAAAACUGUGAAGACCAUCUAUAGCAUAUGAGCUGGACCUAAAGGGACAAUAUCCAAAAGGAUGGCAAUGGCGAAAGGUAGUCAAAUAAUCUCUUUAGAAGCAAUGCCACAUCAUGUUUGAUGGACAAGCCUGUGACUUCAUAUAAUUGAAGGAUUUCUCAAAGAGAAGAAAUUGAGUUUACAUUCAGCUAUGGACAACGAGAAGACAAAAAGAAACAGACAUUGUCUCACCUUUUCUCAUUCAUAGAUGUUGCACUUUCUAUCUGACAAGUCAUGAAUAUGAAUAUAAAGGAUAAUAUGGAACUCUAGAUUCUAGAACAUAACAUCUAUGAUGAGAAUAUAAUCACAUUACUAAUGUAUUAAACAUUUAAAAUCUUAAAUGGAAGGAGAAAUAUUUCUCCUGCAGGUAUUGAAAAUGUACACACUCACCAUCCUGUAGAAAUGUGACUUUCAUGGACUGCAAUGGUGCUAAUGGAGAAGUAGUGCCCCUGCCACCUGUGUGCAUUUUGUAUAUAAACGCCUUUAGUCUUGUGCUGUAAACCUCUCUUGUGCCAUAUCUGUGUAGCCACAGUUGUCUUAUCCUGUUUUCUGUGCCUAUCAGCCAAAUGGUACAACAGUUUGUGCUCCAGUGAGGGCUUGGACAGCAGACAGUGCCCACGCAUAUAGGAAAACAGUAUUUCAUUUUUGUCGAAGUGCCGUAGUUUUGACACAGGUGUAUGAUAAGCUGUUAAUUAAAAUGCCUUUACUUCAAACUUGACAUUGGACAUUAGUAUCCGUGUAUUUGAUAAAAAUGUCAGCUGAAGAGCCAUUUUACCAUUUUAACAUAUUUUUUUAUGUUUUACGAAUGUAUUAUUUUUCUUUUUUUUUUCUUUACUGGACUGUUAAGUAUGGCUUGUAGUGUCUUAGUAGUGGCUAUCUUUGUCUCGCAGGUAUCUCCCAUUCAGUGCCCAGUUUUAAUAUUAAAACAAUUUCUUGCUGUUUUUAAAAGCAUG